GUGGAUAAUCUCUUAUUUAACACCAUUUGGAGUUUUGGUGUAACAAAUUGCAGGCGACAAAGAGCAAUAAAAUUAGGCAAGGUGCAAGCCGGAUGUUCAAAUGAAGUUGAUGACGUUUGUUUAUCUUCACCGGUAGAACCUGGUGGCUUUACAGAUUUCGCAACAUUGCUUAAUGAUAAAAUUGUUGACAUGGAAAGAGUACAAUUCGGAGCGUUGCGUUGGAAAUUGUAAGUAAUAAACCAACUAAGCUGCUGCAUACGUUAUUCGUCGUGAUUGUGAUUAUAUUGUUUGAGUAUUUACCAAGAGUAUAAUCCUAGCGAAGGACUUGCCGCUUUGAGCAAGCGUUGAAUGCUAUUUCCUAAAUUCUUUUCCCUAGAUCCCAUUCGGAAAUUACCGUGGCGAGACUGUUGUAAUUGAAUACCAGUAGAUUACAGUAACGCAAACGUAGAAAAAAGUGCCUCGGAUUGACGCAUAACUUUUCUGGAGAUAAGGGGAUUAAAAGUUAAUCUUACCUCCGAUUUGAAAAAAAUCCCGAUUCCCGUUUUUGUUUGUAAGGUUCUUAGCUGUAUAAAUGCAGCUUCUUAAACAUCUGUUGAUCAGUCGAAAACCAGAAGCCGUGAAACUAUUGCCAGAUUCAGUUCGCCAAGAAACUUAAUUUUGCCACCAUGUUGCGAUCAGUCCCAGUACAAUUUUUCUACCUAUUUGGAGUCUUGCUGUGCCUAGGAACGGAAGUCACUUCUUGGCGGACCUUCCUUAAUCCGAAGCAUUUAGUUGGACAGUAUCUGAUAGAAGAGAAAACUACUUAUACAACUUUCGACUGUCCCGGCACUGGCAAUUACCCUGUUCCUGGAAAGGAAUGCACCGAGGAUUAUUAUUCUUGUACUGGAGCGGGAGUGCCAGGCGUUCCAAUGGUUUGUGCUGGAGCCUCAGUGUUUGAACCCAGCACUAAUGUCUGCACGUCGUCAUUGACCGCCCCGUGCAAAAUAACAACACUACCGACGACAUCGACUACUACUCCAACGACGACUCCAACGACGACUCCAACGACGACUCCAACGACGACUCCAAACGACGACUCAAACGACGACUCAAACGACGACUCAAACGACGACUCAAACGACGACUCAAACGACGACUCAAACGACGACUCAAACGACGGCUCCGACGACGACAACCUCUGAUGCUCCCUUCGUUUGCCAGGAUAAUGGCGCUUAUCCUAACCCAAAUAACUGCAAUACCUUCUACAUGUGCUCUAAUGGCAUCGCGUAUCUCUACUUUUGUCCAAGUGAUCUGGUCUUUAACCCAGCAACGGGCAAUUGUGAUUACGCAUCCAGCGUUUCCGGCCCAUGCUCAGGGGCACGUUAAAAACAAAUGCGACGAUUAGAAAAAAUCGGAAUUCUAUCACAAAGUGAUUUCUCAAUUUACCAAGAAAUAAUAACGCGUCAAUUACUUUGUAUAGCGAUAAAUUAUGUAAUGAAAUUGUGCUCAGUAGGCUAUAUCUUCAGCGAUCAAAAUUCAUUUUCAUGUUUUAUUUGUUUGUCACUUGACCAAGAGGACAUCUAAAAUAUAUGUAACAUCUCGUUCGUA